AUGAAACAGCGCCUAUCCGCACCGCGAUCGAACCUCAAGGGCCUAGCGCGUGAGGUGCAGAGCUUGGGCGGAGACAACCCGGUUGCGAUUGUACCAGAGGUUUCCAGCUUCAAGAAGCGGCGGCUUGCGAAUCGAAAGCCCGCUGCCCGAUGGGACCUUGCGCCGUUCCGCAACUCGGCGCGCGACGACCCGAGUCUGGUGUUGCGGCACUGGAGGAGGCGAGACGGACAGCAUGGACUACAGCAGCAGCAGCAGCAGCAACAACAACAACACGGCGCAAAUGGAGACGCAAGCGCGCAACCGACGACGGAGCAGAACGGAGCGCAGGUAAAGCAGGAGGGCGACAGUGUUGUGCCGUCUGUGGAAACGCCCAAGCCAGAUGAGAUUGAGGACUCGGCGUUUGCAAAGUUCAACGUGCGACCGAGCAUACCACAUUACACGGAUGAGCAAUACAAGACACACCUAAAGAGCGACGACUGGUCAAAGGAGGAGACGGACUACCUGAUGGAGCUCGUAACCGAUUAUGACGUGCGAUGGCCUCUUAUCUGGGACCGGUACGAGUGGAACCCACCAGCCACCAACGGCGUGGCGGAUGCUGAUGGCGACGAGAGCAAGGCGGUUGUGCCGAAGCAGGAAGCUCGCUCGAUGGAGGACCUGAAAUUGAGAUACUACGAGAUUACGGCGAAGAUGAUGGCGGCCCAAAAACCCAUCCACGUCAUGUCACAGGCCGAGUUUGAGCUCCACGAAAUGAUGCUGCAUUUCAAUGCGCAGCAAGAAAAGGCGCGCAAGGACUUUGCCCUCAACGCUCUGAAGAGAUCACGGGAAGAAGCGCGCGAGGAAGAGUCGCUGCUGCUCGAGGUCAAGCGCAUACUGGCGCGUAGCGAACGUUUCAACGAAGAGCGUAGGGAGCUAUACAAUCGCCUUGACUUUCCUCAGUCCGAGCAGGAUAUCAGCAGCAUCAAAACGUCCCAGGGCUUGCAGAACCUGCUGCAACAGCUCAUGGCAGCCGACAAGAACAAGAAGCGAAGGUCACUCAUGGGCGCGGACAGUGCCCAUCCGGCGAACGCAGCGGCGGCUGUCGCCGCAGCCCAGGCUCAAGCUCAGGCACAAGCGCAAGCGCAAGCCCAGGAGAGCAGCCGGCGUGAGAGCACUGUAGCCUCGACGGGCGCGACAUCUACGCCUACAGGAGGCAAGAAGAAGGGCAAUCAACAAGCCGAGCGACCCAAGCUCACGGAGAAGGAAGAGCAGGUCUAUGGCGUAUCGCAUCACGACCGUCUCACUUCAGGGCCUAUCUUCAGGUCCGAGAAGAUCAACAAGAUGUUCACGCACAAGUCGAAUCAGCAGCAACAGAGGAUUAACAAUGUCCUGCUUGAGCUGGACAUUCCUCCCAAGCUCGUCAUGCCCACGGUUGCCACCACGCAGCAGUUUGAACAGCUCUUUGCGGCCGUCAAUGCGCUCCUGGAUGCGCGCAAGGUGGCAGACAAGUUGGAUACGGAGCUCAAGCUCGAGCAUGCCAAGAAGGCGGAACGAGAGGCCAAAGAAUCUUCGAAUCAGGCCGAGGAGGACCCAGCCCAGGACAAGUCCGAUCCUGACAUGACAGUCACCAAGAGCGACGAGUCUGCGUCCAAAGAGGGCAACGCUGAGGCUGGCACGACGAGCGAGGCACAGGAAACGAUGGAGCCGGCGGCUGAUUCCCACGGCGAGGAGCCUGGUACACAGGACCCAGUGGAAGGCAAAGAAGCGGCCAUUGAAGAGAGCAGCGGAGGACCGCACAAGCGGAGUGCGAGUGUCUUGAGCACGACGAGCGACAAAAGUGCCAAGCGCCAGAAGAAGUGA